GCACAGCCGGUGGUGGACAAAAGCGUGAUGCCAAAAAUAAAAAUAAAUGUCGCCUUUGCUGCGUCAAAUUUCUGUGUGUGAUUUUUAACGAAAAUUCCUGUUGGAAAACAACUUAAAUCCAAUUGUCAGAUAGUUAUUCGGAAAUCUUGGUUAAUAGCGUCUCGAAAGAUAUUAAAAUUUUGCACAGAAUUACUGUAUUUCCGCAUUAAAUUGGUUUGUUAACUUACGUGGAAAAGCAAUAAAAAUUGGAAAAUUUGCAGUGUGUUGAAAAGGUGGGCGAAAUUACGCAUUUCGUUUUGCCUAAUGGUGGGUUCGCGAAGACCGAAUGCUAACCAAAAGAAACCAACUAAAUUCUGAAAACAGAAGAUCACAAAGCGCGUGGUGUUAUGAAGAGGCCGGAAAAGAAAACAAAUGCGAGGCCAAUCGAGAAAUUGUUAGAAAUCUAUUAGAAUUAGUUUGUGGAUCUGUUUGUUUUUGUUAAAAUAAUAUAUAAUGGAGAAUAAGUGCAACAAAACACCGAAUACUAACAGUAAAUAUAUGGAUCAUGUAUAUUGUCAUCCAACUGAAAGCAAAAAUUACAUACGCGCCAAUAACAAUGCAGGGGGUGGUGGUGGCGCUGCUUCAGCGGCGAAUACAGACUAUUUGGCGCUACUGAAAGAAAACAAACAACUUCGCGCUAUGUUGAUAUUGCAUUUGGAUUUGAUACAAGCGCAAAGUGAUCAACUUCAAGUGAAAGAUAAACAACUUGCUACACAAAAUGAAGAACUUGAUGGGUUACGCACAAAAAAUCAGCAGUUGGAGGUACAAGUACAGGAUCUACAAAAACAAUUACAGCGGCAUAUAAAGCGAACAGCUCUUUCGCCGCCUCCAUUAGCAAAGAUACAACGUAAAACUGAACCUAUUUUAACUAGUGCAGUGUCUCCUGCAACAGCUGCAACAACAGUGACGACAUCUUCGACUCAAAAUAUUAUUGGCGAGUGUAAUGGUAAACUUAUAAGCAAAAUAAUAUUGCACCGUGUUAGUUUGCCAGAACAUAGUCCGAGCUCAACAACUACCGGGUCUUCAGAUACUACAUCAGAGGCGGAUGACAGCACAGCGAGCAAGACACAUGCCGAACAAGAUGACAAUGACGAUGACGAGCCUGGCGAAGAAGAAGAAGAUGGUGAUAUUGAGGAGACCGGCGAAACUACAGGCAAUACCACUGAGGAUAGUAGUGAUGUAGUUGCGGUACAUUCUAAGUCAGUGCCUCAUCAAAGAAUGUCACCAGUGCUUGUAUCGCGUGGUGCUAAAACCUUGCGUCAAUUAGCCAUGACGCCUGUAACAAAUGUGUCAGUACCGGUAACAACAACAUCCGCGUUAUCUGGUACACCGGCUUUAGCCACCACCGUUUCGACAACAGCAACGACGACGCAAAUCUGUGUUACUCCACCAACACCAAGUCGUGGGAAACAAAUGCCACUUAUGCUUUGGCAUGCGCCGGAUAUACAAUCUGACGAAUCUGCAAGCUGCGAGUCGCUUGGGGAACUCUCCGAUCAGCGUUCUAUGAUUGCGUCGCCAGCAUCACCCAAAGUUGGAAAUCAAUCAAACAAGCCAAAGAACAGUACUAUAACACACUCCCUUCGCAGCGGUACGCAUCUGCAGUCGCAACAAAGACAAAAAUCGCGUCGGUGUGCUUACAUAUCAACGGCGCAAAUGUAUUGUACGCGAGCAUGGGAAGAUGAGGAGGUGGUCGCUGAUGGCUACGAAUUUAUGAAGGAAGAAGCAGAAGCGCUUCAGGCUGACGCGCCCAUGUUGGAGAUACCCAAAUGGACUGAGCACGAACUUGCUGUAUCUUAUUGUAUCGAAGGUACGGAAAAUCUGUCGGACGAAACGUUCCUCAAACGUCACGAAAAGUUAGAAUUGGCGGAGAAGAGGCGCAAGAAGUGGGAUGUGCAGCAAAUACGCGAACAGCGGCGUAUAGAGAAGCUGAAGCGACGCCACUGCAAGGAUGAAAUACAAAUACCACCAGAACAACAGCCGUUAUUGAGCUUCUAUCCACAGCCAGAUACAAUACAGACAAUUUGCUUUACCAUUGAUCUACCAGUGCAAGCGUUUGGAGAGCUUGUGCCAAAAUUAAGUGCUCACAAUGAAUUUGACUUGCCAUGGUUGGAAGCGAUGACUUCCAGUCGUACGCCCGGAUCAGCAGCGACCGGUUCGAUUAUUACAUUAGCACAGAGUCAGGCUGGUGCCAAUCCAUCAUCUGCACAAGGGCAGCAACAGCUUAUGAAUUCCACCUUUGUGUUUGUAAAAAAACGCAAACGACAGCAAAGCGGUACCGCUGGUGGUACAGGAGUUGCGCAAACGGCACGUCAGCGCGGUGCACUUCGUAGAGCUGCAGCAGUGGUUGCCCAAACAACGAACACUGUAGCAUCGGCGCCGCCAGAAACUAUUGUUACGACGCAACCUGCGACGACGGAUUCAACGCCACCAAACGCAAUAAAUGCUGGUUCUACCCCAACUGUUGCGAACAACGAGGUUAGCAACGAGGAUCCACCAAAGUAGUUAAGUUUCAGGGCUAAAAUUAGCAAUAUAUAUACUAAUAUGCGUGAAAAGUUUCGAAACUACUUAAGAAACUAUCGUUGGUCUCAGAAAAGAUAAACAAAAUUCAUGUAAGUCUCAACCAAAACAACAAAAUUCAUGAAAUAAUCAUUCGCGGCGGAUUGACUCAAUACAAAAUAGCUGCAGGUAAAACAAUUGAACACAAUACUUAAAUGGAUGUUAGCGAAUGUGUAACAAAAAUCAAUUGAAUGUCGGGCACUAACUAUCCUGCAUAAGAUUUAUAUUUUAUCUGAAAAUCGACACUACUUUUUCUUCUCCGCCUUCAUAGCAACGCCUGCGAUGUUAUGCUGCAAUACUUUUUAGAGUGAAUGCAUGCAAGUUAGAGUGAGUUGGAUACAGUUACUAUGCAAAUAUUGUUGCCAAACUUUCUUACAACUUUCGGAUUUACGAUUCGGGCUUACAUCAGGUGCAUGCACUGUUAUUUUGACAGUGGAACAACAACAACAGCAGCAACAACAAUAUUACUAAGUGGGGUUUUACUUUCCUUGAUGCCCAUAAAUGAUUGUAAAGUCUGCGUUAAGUUGAAAGUUUUUAUUUUUCUGAAACUGUAUAAUAUCAUAUAAAACUCGACUAGUUUUUGCAGGAUUUUAAGGUGACACAUCAAAGAUACAAUAGAUGAUUGUACAUAUUUGUGCUUAAUUGUGGAAUUACUGUAAAUUAAAACUUUACCUGCUUAUGUAUGAAUAUAUUUUUGUUUUUUAGUAAAAAAAAUGUGUACCAGAAAUAGACUGUUAUUCAUAAAAAAUAGCAGCGAUUUCAAAUGCUUUACAAAUAGAAGUCUUAUUGGAUUUUGGAUUUGUACAGCAUUUCAAAGUAGUUUAUAUUUUUAUGAAUAUGGUCUUUAGACUACUCAAAUUUAAAAAAAAAUAUAAUUUAAUUUAGAGAUAACUUCAAAAGUAAAGAAAUUAAAAAUACAACAAUUCGUAAAUAAUUCAAGUCUUAUGAUGUGGUAUAGAAAAUAUGUAGCAAUAAAUUUUCGAGCUAAGGAUAUAAAUGAUUGUAGUCUAAAGGCAGCCUUUGAUUUUUAGUAUACAUAUAAACUAAUAUUCGAUUACAAAUGUACAUAUGUCAUGCGUAGCAAUAGUCAGCUAACUCUUUAUCAUGAGGAGCUAAAUUAUAGAUUCGAAGAUGCAAGCUAUGUUGUUGCUUACCAAAGAUUGCUACAUAAAAUGAAACGUGAAAUGGAAUUUGAUUAUUAUUAACGGCAGUGGCGCAUAGUACAUAUAGUAUACAUAUAUGUGUGCAACUUAUUUGACUUUAGUGAAUCAACCGUAGUAUAGUUGUAUUUCUUAUGCCUGAUUUUUUUUGACGACACACUUUGACACGUUAUGUCAACAUGUCGAUAUAUGUAGAUGCUGUGUCAAGAGUCCACAGUUGUAUUUGAGCAUGCAUUAGAAAAUUUUGCUGAUUUUUUUCCGUAUAUAUAAAAUUCAAACCAAAUCGAAUGCAUCUUCGACAAUAAGAAAUUGCUUGAUGAAAAUAUGUAGUAUAUGUGUAUACAAUUUGAAAAGGAGCAGAUUAGCAAAAUUAUACGAAAUAGUAGUUUCAAGUUAUUGACUAAAAUGUAUAUGUGAAUUUAAAUUAUAUUCUAGAAAUUUAAGUUAUAUUGAAAAUUGAUUAUAAUCCGCACGGCAAUGUAAUUGUUUUACAUUAUCUUUAAUAUAUAAAUAAUUUUAGUUCACACAAACCAAAUUAAACUGAAAAUUCGUUUAUGUAGCUAAAAUUUUAGAAUGAUCGUGCUCGAAUUAAUAUAUUAUAAAAAUUACUUCAAUAGAACUUUUUUGUAGACGACAAGAAGAAAAUAAAUUUGUGCAAUGUAUGAGUCUAAUUUGAAGAAGUUAACAAAAAAAAAAUUUAUGUAGCAUAAAAUACAUACAUAUUUAGAAAAUACUUGUGCAUUCUUAUAUAGAAUAUUUUUUGACUAUUGAGUGAUACUGAAUUUGAAGCACACAAAUUUUUUUUUUAUUUAUUUUUUAUUGCAGGGAUCGGAAAUACUAGUUAUGUAUUUUUGAAAAAAAAGUCAGUAGGAAGGAAUUUGACUAUUUAAAUUUUUUUUUUCUUAAAUAUACAUAUAUAUUAUAAAGAGUUUUCAAAUAAGAGGUGUUAUUUUGAUAUUCCAAGAAAAAUACUAUUUUUUAAUAUAAGUGAUCGGAUGUUUAUUUCAUUAUAAAAUGCAAAAUAACAUCAGGCAAAUGACCACCACGACCACGCUUGCAGGACAAUAUCCUUUUCAUGAAAUUUUUCAUAACUGAAUUGCAAAGUGGCUGCCCUAUGUUGUCGAUAGCCUCACGAAUUCUAUCUUUGAGGUCUUGAAGCGACCCUGGGCUGUUGGCGUAGACCAUCUCUUUUACGUGGCCCCAAAGAAAAAAGUCACAAGGUGUUAAAUCACAAGAUCGCGGUGGCCAAUUGUGAUCACACUCUUCGAAAGACAGCACGGUCCGGAAACUUUUCCCGCAAAAGAUCAAUGGUUUCGUUGCUUGUGUGGCACGUAGCGCCGUCUUGUUGAAAAUAAACGUUGUCCAGGUCAAUACCAUCCACUUCCGGCCAUAAAAAAUCGUUAAUCAUCUCUCUUGUUUAACACCUAACACCUUUUAUUGGAAAACCCUUUAUUAUAUUUUCUUAAACAAAAAUAACAGUUAUAUUUUAACUGUUCAAAAAUUGCAAAAAAUAUGUUUUAACUAUUCUGUUAGUGGUACUGAAUUUGAAGCACAUAAAAACGUUUCGAUGUUUAUUGCAGGGAACGGAAAUACUAGUUAUUUUUGAAAUUUCAAUUCAAAAAAUCAGUUGGAAAGAAAUUGUGUAUUUAAUAUUUUUUGUUAUUGCAAGUGAUGCUUGUUAGCCAAGGAAUAUUAAUCCUAUAUGAUUUAAAUUUUUUUGACUUUUCAAAAUGACUUUUAAUCAAAAAUAACAGUUAAAUUCUAACUGAUCAAAAAUUACAAUUUGGCUUUUACUGUCUCAGAAAAAAUAAAAGUUAACAGUGACUUUUAUUAUUUCGGUCAAAUAUAAAGGUUAAAAGUGACUUUUAUUAUCUCGGUCAAAUAUAAAAGACAAAAUUUUUCUCUAAUUUUUUCAGCCAAAAUUAACUGUUAAAAUUUUACUUUUACACCUUCGAUUAAAAACAGCGAUAAACUUUUUCAUAACAAUACGUCAUGUUUUAUUAAACAACUAUUAAAAGCUACUCUGGUUUUACAAUACCAAUUCUGAACGAUUUUAGGUAUCGUCCUUUUAACUUUUAUUUUUGACUGGAAAAGUACAAAUUAACUUUUGACUAUUAAUUUCGAACUUAAAACAGGAGUCAAUUGUCAAAUUUUCUUUUGGCUGAAAACUUAUCCGUGAAAAAACAAUAAAAAUUAAUAAGCGCUAUUUAGUGAAUCUUUUGAAAAAAAGUAUAACAGUUACGGUCCGUGAUUUUUUGUUGAAUGAAUGUAUUUUAUUUUUGUUUGUGUCAGAAAAUGUAUGAUUAAAAUUUAAAAAUAAAAAUAAAUGAAUAAGAAUAAAACGUGUCUAUGCACACUUAAUGGCAAACAAA